AUCGAAGAGCGCCAUAGCUCUUCCACUUCUGCUCUCCGCAAGCUCCACGAGCGCUCGAAGAAUCGAGUCAAGCGCCGGUGAAAGAGCACCGAUGGGACGACACGGCGGAGGAACCUCCGUCGGAGGGGGCGCCGGAUUCGGCUCGCCGUCGUUGAUCUCGCUGUUGCUGUUGCCGUUGCUUCCUUCGAUCUGCGUCGCCUACAGGCCGGGCGACAUCGUCCCCAUGGCUAGGAUGGGACAGUACCACUCCUACAGGUCGCCGUGGCAAGACGUGAUCGGUCGCCACUGCCCUGUGUUCGCCGUCAAUCGCGAGGUGUUGGUUCCUAUUCCGAGGCCGGAGGGUUUUACGAACGCUGAUCCUUACAAAGUAUCGUUCCAAGUUGGAAGAGAGAAGUUUCUAGUCCCAUGGCUUUUUCUUAUAAAUCGCAGCGGUAAAGAGGUGCCGAUGAUUGAUGUGCAUUUGAGAUACUCGGGAAGUGAUUUGCUUGGUGUGACAGCCAAAGUCAUGGAUAUGCCUCACCAUUAUGUUGAAACUCAUCCCAACAUCAUGAAACAAUUUUGGGAUGUCAAUAGUUGGCCAAAACACGUGCUUGUCAGAUACUCAUGGGAGGAGCAGUCAGAGAUUGAUGUGACUUCUGGAUUUUACGUUUUGUUCGGAUCAGGACUCAUCCUGUCUUUCAUACUCUCAAUCUACGUCUUGCAAUCAUCCCGGGAAAAACUAGCGAGGUUUGUCAAAGAAACUGUUGCAGAGAGCAGCAUGCCUGUCGGCGGAGUGGCAAAAGUUGAGUGACAAAUUGUCGGAAUGUUAGAGGAAUUAUUUGUAGAUUCAGAAUCGGCCUCAUCAAGAGGAACUUGUAGGACCUAUCAGGGGAUCUGUUUUUUAAUGGACAGAAAGCUUUACAUGCAGGAAUUUUGUCUACAGUCUUACAUGGCCAGAAAGAUGUGAGCUAUACCUGUAUUUAUGUUCUGGCUGUUCUUGGCCAAAUCCAUACAGUGCCUCUUAAGAAUGUUCGAAUUGCAUCCCUCCUUGAGCCUAUGAGCGUAGCACAUAUACAGUUCUCUCUGAAAAUGUUCACCCGUAGUUAGUAUUGGACAUUGUUUCUUUAUUCUGAUAGCUGGCUUUGAUUUACA